CGACAAGCCCGAAGAAGAAUGACACGUGCUGAGAAGUUAUUGGGGAUCUUCUUGACCGGGAAGAAAGGAGACGCGUGAGGAAGAAGCGCUACUCAAAGUUGGUUUCUGUUGUUGUUCCUAUUUUUAGGGUUCAAAGCUCCACAACCACUUUAGAAGAUGAUCAUCAAGGAGGCAACUAUUUCAUAAAAGAAGCAUACAUAGGAGAUCAAAGUUGUAUCCCUUUAUAGCAUGCCAUGUCGGCAAUGCAAGUAUCGCAAGCAUUGCCAGCUGCAGGUACAGCAGGCGAUCAUAAAAAAUCCUCUACAGUAACAAAAAGACCUACCCGCAAACGAAGAAAGUCGGAAAGUGAUGAGGGAAAUGAAGCAUCUCGAAAGGAGUCUUUGACCGGAGCACUCGCUCGUGCAUUGGUGGGCACACUUGCAUUCGUUUUCCGUGCUCCAGUCCGUCUAUUUAGACCGGUAAAGUUGUCGUCUUGGAGCUUGUUAGAGGCAAUGGCACAGAGGGAAGGCAGGAAGCUCUCUUUUCGAUAUAUGAGAACACUGAUACAACGUGAAAGCAAGUCUUUCUUACCACAUUUACUCAUACCGCCUCUUUUGGUCAAUACAACGAUCGGCUUCUGCCUAUUUGAAGCAUACUCUCUUACAGAAGCACAUCUUGUCAACAAAUAUUAUCCACGCCUUCCAAUCGUUGGUGUGUACGAUCUCAAUACCGAUGAGAAAAAGAAUUCAAAUGAAACUUCAAAGGCACGAUCUAUAGACACAUUUACGCCACUUUGGAUUGUAGCUUUGGCUGGAGGAGCAGCAGGAGCAGCACAAUGCAUCGUCUCGGCACCAUUGGAUAACGUUCGAAUCGUUCUAACAUCACAAGUCAACAAGCCAAAGCGAUUUCAACAUGGUGCAAGAACAGUACAACGUCCACCUCAAAUCUCGUGGCUUGCAGUUGCCCGUGCUGCUAUCUUGCCUUUUGCUCCUGAAAUCACGCAUAGCAAAAUGGUGAAAAAGGUAGCUGAGGGAAGGAAGGUGAGAGCAAGUACAAGUGAUGCAAACCAAACAGAAUCACAGCGAAAGCUAUGGGAGAAACGCAUCAAACGAUGGAGAGGAGGAGUACAUGGUGCAGGGUUGGUGAUGUCGCUGGCAAGAGAUUCAGUCGGCUUUUCGGCCUUCUUUUUGGUUUUUGAAAUGUCAAGACGAUUGGCUUUUCAUGUUUCUUUGGGUGUGGAUCGGACGAUUGCUUUCUUCAAUACGUCUGCCACACUUCCAAAAGGCUUGCCAGCUGAUGCUAAUCUAGACGAGGUUACAAUCGAGAACGAGUCAGGGCAAUUAGUUCGUACAGGUGAUAUUUCUUAUUCCCGAUCUCGAACAAAGACUGGUCGUAUUAUCGCAGCAUUGGUUUUAGUGAUUGGUGGUGCAUUUGGUGCGGCAAUCUAUGAGCUUGUUGGAAGACCUGCAGAAUUGAUGAGAUUGGUCGUAUGGGAAGGAAGAAAGAAUUGGGAACGUGGCGAAAAGCCAUCAUCUCCAAAAACAGGCACAGAGAAACCACCAAUCGGAAGACAGCAUACUGUUGGAGCACGGUCUAGGUAUAGCAAGAUUAUUCGCCAAACAGGUUCUCAGCUAAGAGCUGGAGGAUUUUUGGCACUCAGAAGCGGCAAUUCUACAGGAUCGAAUGUGAGCAGGAUAGAAGGUCAACGCUUGCAGCAUUUCAACAGACCACCACACCCUCUCAAAUUGCGACACAAGAAUGUCGAGAAAGAAGCGACUGAACAGAUCGUUCGACAAACUCCCGCUUCAACUCACCUGACCGGCAACAGAAGGAAGCGUCACGGCCAGUUGAAGAUCAAAAGGCAUCUAAAAACAUCAAAUACCCGGCCUGAACCUCGUGUCAUGCCACCACUCAGCACUCGUCCUUCAGCAUACUCACUUCUCUUAGAACAUGCACAACGUACUUCCUCUUUGCGAUACCCUUCCAUCAAAGAGGCAAGCUUGCGUAUCCACCCUACUCCUGUGCCCAAACCAAUUCUUCUCUUUCACACAUACUUUAUUGCCCCUUUCAAUUCGCAAGACAAGCAAAGAGCAAUCGUGACAAAGACUCCGACAUCAAAUGUGAAGCCUGAAGGGUUUGGAGCGAAAGCAUCUGCCCAGGCGACUUCUUCGGCGACGAGCAAAUUGUUGCCGAUCUAUAGAAGGCUGUUAAACGUUUUCAAUUAUCGAUACCCUGAAAGCAGUGCACCUGGAAGUGUACGAUCCGUUUCACAAGCACAAGCAUGGGGAACGGGUAGGGUUGCUUGGGCAUUCCGUCGACUUGCAUCACCGUAUGGUGUUGGAUUCAUGGUUUUCGCAUGGAUGUCAGGAGAUUUAUCUGCAUAAGAGAGAGAAAUUAUAGAAUCGUGUAUUACUAGUAUUACUCAU